AAAUAAUGAGUGUAUUGCAAUAGUUGAGAUGGAAGACGGAAAUGUAUUCCCCCAAGUAGUUAGGCCCAAAACGUCUACAUUUCCGACGUUGGCUAGCGUCGCCUCCGCUGCUGCAAUUUCUUCCUCGUCGUGUACCUCUAGACCUGCUGGCCUAGGCCUAGCAGACAGCAACGCCGACCAGCGAAAAGUAACAUUUGACUUCAGUAACCUUGAUUGGUCACCUGAGCCACCUGCAGGUAUACAUUUCCUAGGGAUUCAACCAAAAGAAUUUAUUUAUAGUAAACCAACAGAUCAGCAACAACAAUGUCAAGAUGAAGAAACUGCAAUAACUUCAAAUCAACAUGAAUUUACGGGAAAAGUCCGGAGAAAAAAGUCAAGAUUACAGAGCAGACGAGGGGCCAUCUUUCUUGCUAAGUCACCGAUGAGUUUAGAUAUCAUAGGAGAAAGGAAAUUGAGAAAAGCUGCAAAUUGUGUGGAUAUAGAAGAAGUUGGAAGACUAUUAAAAGACGAAGUAAAUCCUAACCGUUGUGAUGACAAGGGCAGGACUGCUCUUCAUUUCGCAUCUUCCAAAGGAUCCCAAGCAAUAGUGCAAUUGUUGCUGAAUCACGGUGCUGACCCAAACAAGAUAGAUGUUAUUGGGAACACUCCACUCCAUCUUGCUGCAAUCGGAAGCCACAUCGGUACUGUACUGACGUUGCUACAAAACCGAGCCGACGCUCAUGCCCUCGACAGGAGUGGUCGAACGCCGAUUCAUCUGGCAAGCAUGAGGAUAUCUCACAUCCGUGAUCAGAGCUUCUCGUCCUGGCAGCUGAAGAACGAAGUCAAUCAGGUGAUCAAUAUGCUGAAGGCAUACAUGAACUGCCUCGGUAAGGAAGACAAAGUGUUGGCUUUGGAGAGUAUGAGCCUUCAGCUUGAAAAAACAACAUCGAAGGAAGAAAUGGAUGAAGUUCAGAGUAUGCUUGAAGGAUUUACCACAAUGAGUCUGGAAUCAUGAGGCUACAAUUGUGAAUGGUUUCUUAGCAACCAAGUCAUCUUCCAUGACAUGUUCUUAUCAACUUUAUCACAUAUUAACACCAGUACUAUACAAAAUGUUUUAAAUAAAUGAUGUUACUGACAUCCUUGACAAUUUGUCAAAUAUUUUUAAUGGAAAAUAUAAAAAAAAAUUCUAUGAUGAACCUUCUCCAUGCCAAAUACUCCAUGUCACUCAUGUCAUGUACAUAUUUAUAUAGCACGUCUCCCCUAAGGGUUUCUUUAUGUGUAAACUACUCUUACCUGUCCCAACAGGGGCUAUUGUCAAGUACACCAGGGUACCCCUACCCAUCUCUAAAGAUGUACUGGAGUCUUUAAAAUGCAGAUAAGCUAGUUGUGUAUACUGGGCCUAUGAUUUACAGUCCUUAAUCAUAGGUGAGGCCGCUCAAACCAGCACUAAUAUUAUGGCUUUAGCAGGUGCCCAUCUUAACCUCUUGUCCAUUCGACAUGGGAACCAAGAUGUAAUGAGGGAAAGAACAGGAAUUUGGACCAUCUUUUUAGGUGUUAUCAUAAAAUGUACCGUAUGUAUACUGUUUGUGACCUUUGUAGCCCUCUUACUAAAAAUUAUCAUCUACAGUACUUAAAAUAUCAUGGCAACAUGUAUACCAACUAGGACUGGGAAUAUGUCGUUUUAUAAGUCAUUUAGUCCAGGAGCGAAGCCCCAACUCCUACAAAAAACUGGCCAGCUUUGGGCCAUUUUAAGCUGUUCUAAUGUUGAGGUCAUAGUAAUGAGGAAAAUAGUAAUACUGUAAUUUAAUGCCAAAUAUCAAAAUUGUCUGUAUGUUGGCUACUUAUAGAAGAAGCCCUUUUUAAAGAUAGAAAACAAAUUAAUGUAUUUCUUUUUUGUUUUAUUUUUAGAAUUACAAAAAUGCAUGGUGUCCACUUUGUUCAGAAUAUACAGAAUUUUAGAAAUUAUUAACCUUGCAUUUUGCAAUUUAUUAUUUUGCUUGAUUGAUAGUAUAAGUAUUUUCUUACCUUGCAAUAAAAUCUUAACUCUGAAUUUUAGUCUGAAAAAUUGUUGUUUUAUGUUUCAUUUUCUUAGUACACAAGGCCAGAUGCGGCCUAACAGUGAUUUUCUUGCAGUCUGCGAAAAAAAUUGAAAACCCUUUGUGUGUGGCCUGUCAACCGUUUCGGUUAAGAAUUUAAUCCUGGUUUUUUUUUUCAGCCAGACACUGAUCAUUUAUUAAAGA